AUGACGACGAUAUCAGAUAUCGAACGAGUAAACCAUUUGGAAUGGCGUUUGAAACGUUUAGAGAACUUCAUUGGAAAAUCGGAUAAAUUUGACAAAAAACGAAUUACGGAAGCAAUUCACGAUCUGAACGAACAGGUACUUCGACAAGCAAACAAUAACAACAAUGCGAAAUCAGUAUUAAGUAAAGCGAAUGAAAUCAAUCAUUUGACUAGUUCGGAAUUUCAACGUCAUCUAAUGGCUGAUCGAGCGACGAAAUUAGAAUUAAUUCUUGCUGACGAAGAUCGCAUACGUGAAGUUACAAAAAGUCUCUCCGAAAUAGAUUCAUUAGCUCGUGUACUCGAUGGGGAACAAUUUCAAGAAAUUCCUAAACUAAUGUCAACUUUGAGCAAACUAUUGGUUACUCAUAAUGAAAACAAGAAUCAUCAUAGUGAAUUCACCCAAGAUUUGAGUAACUUCUUACAAAAUUAUGCUGCAUUUACUUUAAUGAUGGAUGAAAAUCUACAACAAUACAAACAAAUUCUAAGUAAAAACCAAAAAGCGUCAGCUGAAAUUCAAGAUAAUCCAAUAAUGAAUUCUAAUGAAAAGACUAAAUCGUCAAUAAAUGAAUCAUCUUCCAGUUUGAACGCUCUUCAUCGUCUUCCUCUUCAACCGUCCAGCUCUAGUCAAGCGAAUCCGAUGGUAGUCAUACCGAUCGUUGAGAAUGAUGUUGCACUAACAGUAGCUGAUUUUAGCGUCACGAAUAAUACAUCGACAACAGUACCGAUGAGUUCUGAAUCUGAACGGCAUGAUUAUUCGCCCAUACAGCCAUACUGGUUUUACUCGAAGAAAGUUCAAGACCGUGUCACAUGGAUACCUUUUUCAUUGAUUGACGUACAACAUCUUGAUGAAGCAUAUGCGCAAAAUCGAGAGGUGAUUGCGACAAAUGGGAAUCGUUAUGAUGUGAAUCUUGUCGAGCGAAUACGUACACCGGUGUAUUGGACAGAUGAACCGAACGCAAUUCGACGUUCGAAAUGGUUCUACUUACCAGAACAAGAAAGUCGAUUUAUUCCAUUUGAUGAGAAAAUGAAUGAAACACUCGAGAAUCUCUAUGAAGAAACGUGUCGAAAGCAAUCAUGGCAUACUAAACAUGAAAUGAACAGUGGCAAAGAAAUUCUUAUCUUUCAUAGUCCUCUCCUCAUGACAAUACAAGCAAUCGAAGGAGAAAUCACUCCAUGGGCGAAUUUUACCUACGAAACAAGAACAGUGAAACGUGGUUUACCGGAGAUGUUCUUCGACGAAAUAAAAUUUGGUGAUAAAGAUCCUGUUCAGCAUGUCUGUUUUGUUGUACACGGUAUCGGUGAGGCAUGUGAUACGAAAUUUCGACCGCUAAUCGAAUGUGUCGAAGAUUUUCGUGAAACGAGUCGAACGAUUUUACAAAGUCAUUUUAAAACUUAUGUCGAAAAUGGAGAAAUCCAUCGUGUCGAAUUCUUACCAGUUUACUGGCACGGUGAUUUACACAUGGACGCUACCGGUGUUGAUGGUCAUUUACUAUCAUUAACAUUGCCAAGUGUAGCUAAACUUCGGACAUUUAUUAAUACAACUCUAUCAGAUAUAUUGUUUUACACAAGUCCUGUUUAUUGUCAAAAAAUCAUUUCGCGAUGCAUUAGUGAAAUGAAUCGGUUGUAUGAGAUAUUUUUACAACGAAAUCCAUCGUUUCAUGGCCAAGUCUCAGUAAUUGGACAUAGUCUUGGCACAGUUAUAUUGUACGAUAUUUUAGUCAAUCAAACACCUGCAACACAAGAAGAAGCGAUUCUUAACGAAGCGGAAAAUACUAAUGCAACGAAGAACGUUUGUGUGUCGGGUACUGGUCAAAUAUCGAUUCAAUACGAAAAACUGACAUUUCCAGUGGCUUACUUUUUCGCAUUGGGUAACUUUGAACUCGCAAAACAUUCAUUUAUCAUUCAAUUUUAUUUCUCAGGAUCUCCAAUUGCCAUGUUUUUAACCGUACGAGGUGUGACAUCAUUAGCAUCGGACUAUGCUCUACCAACAUGUAAAGGUUUACUGAAUAUAUUUCAUCCCUACGAUCCCGUUGCAUAUAGACUUGAACCAUUGAUUGAUCCAAAAUGGAUUGUCUCACCAGUAUUAUUGCCACAUCACAAAGGAAGAAAACGACUUCAUUUGGAACUGAUUGAUGGAUUAUCGAAAGCAACGGAUUUGAAGCAGAAGAUGCUCGAUUCAUUUAAGAAUACGAUGAUAUCGAUUACUGAUUUUGUUCAAUCUUAUCGAAGUCCAGCGUCAGCAACUGCCUCGCCUGCAACUGCUCUAGAUCCAACAGCGACAACGACUGCGACUACAAGAACGACAACAACAACCACAGAAACCGAAUUAGAACUUGAACAUGCGAAUGACGACGAAGAAACUCAUAUCGACGAAUGGGAUAAUCGUCCCAUUGGAAAGUUAAAUCAAGGCCGACGUAUCGAUUACGUUCUUCAACAUCGACCCAUUGAAGCUCUCAACGAUUAUAUAUUUGCUUUUACAAGUCAUGUUUCUUAUUGGGACUCGGAAGACACAAUGUUAUUAAUCAUCAAGGAAAUUCUUAAAUUGGAUGGUUUCGAUCCUGAACCGCAAUAUGAAACGAUUGAACAGAUGAUCAAAUCGAACGUUUUAAAUUAUUUUGUUAAUAAUCAAACAACCAAAGUCAACGAACUUCGACCAUAUCUCGCCAAAUCUGAACAAAUCUCUCGAUUAAUUACCGAUCCGAUCAAUAUCGUACAAAGAUUAUCAUAA